AUGAUGCGUGGUUUCAAGCAAAAGAUUAAAAAGGCGGCUAGUGGUACUGGUAUUGGUAGUAGCAGCAGUAGCAAUCACACUAGUAGUAGUAGUAGAGAUAGCAAGGAAAAAGACAAGGAUAAUGCUAAUAGUAAUGUCGGCAACAAUACCACAUCAAGUAGUAACUCUGACAAUAAUAAUAAUAAUAGAGAGUUGAAGAAUAAAUUGUCUUCAGGCUCUUUAAAGAGAUCGAAUUCAAAAAAAGUAUCAAGUAGCGGCAACUCUAGUAGUAAUAACAGUUCAUCUUCCAAAAAAGGUUCAUCCUCUAAAAGUUCAUCGUCAUCAAAAUCUUCCUCCAGUAAAUCAAGUAACAACGCUACAGGGAGUAGUAGUGGUGAUACUGGUAAUACCAAAAAUGGUAGUGGUAGUAGCAGUAGUAAAAACAGUACCAACAGAAGUAGUAGCAAAAGUAAUGUUAAUAAUGGUAAUAAGAGUAAUAGAAGUCACCACAAAGAGCAUAAAAGUUCUUCAAAAGAAUCAAGUAAUAGCAUACAAUCCAGUACAUUUUCAUCACCCAGCACCACUACCGGUAGUAGUCCAACUACCUCUAUAAAUGUUGAUGGAUCAUCCUCCUUGUUGGUAUCAUCAUCUGCAAGUACUCCUGGAGAAACAUCCUCCUCUAGUAUCAACAACACUAGCACGCCACAAAGCACACAUGGCAAUUCGGGCCAUCCAACAUUAUUAAAAGCUGCAGUUGUUAGCCAGCCACAUUCGUCAACACAGCAACAUUAUAACGAUACUGAAAACAGUGUUGGUAAUAGUACGUCGAGUGUUCCAGGUACUAAUGCUGACGUCGGUAAUGCUGUUAAUGACAAUAGCAAUGGUGUCCAUAAUGACACCGGCAGUACCAACAUGUCUUCCCCAAAUAUAGAUAUACCCAGGUCUUCACACUCUUUUGAUCAUUUACCAACGCCAUCGAAAAAUUCGUUGAAUCCAGACGUUGAUUUAGAACUAAUUAAAACACCACAGCGUCAAACAUCCUCCAGAUUUGAACCCAGUCGCUAUACCCAAUUGACUAAACUACCUAAUUUUGAUGAAGUUCCAAUCAAAGAGCAAGUUUCCUUAUUUUUAGCCAAGGUUGACCAAUGUAAGACCAUGUUUGAUUUUACUGAUCCUAGUUUUGAUAUUCAGGGUAAAGAAAUCAAGAGAAUUACUUUACAAGAAUUAAUUGAGUUUAUAGUAACGAAUAGACUAACCUACACGGAGGAAAUGUAUUGUAAUGUUGUUGAUAUGUUUAAGAUUAAUUUAUUCAGGCCCAUUCCACCUCCAGUCAAUCCACAAGGUGAUGUUUAUGAUCCAGAUGAAGAUGAACCUGUCAAUGAGUUAGCAUGGCCUCAUAUGCAGUUAGUGUAUGAGUUUUUUUUACGAUUUGUAGAAAGUCCGGAUUUCAAUCAUACCAUAGCUAAGCAUUAUAUUGAUCAUUUAUUUAUAUUAAAUUUGUUGCAAUUAUUUGAUAGUGAAGACAUUAGGGAAAGGGAUUGUCUAAAAACAACUUUGCACAGGAUCUAUGGUAAAUUUUUGAGUUUGAGAAGUUUUAUUCGUCGUUCGAUAAGUAACAUUUUUCUUCAAUUUACUUAUGAAACUGAAAAGUUUAACGGUAUAGCCGAAUUGUUAGAGAUAUUGGGGUCUAUUAUUAAUGGGUUUGCUUUACCUUUAAAAGAGGAACACAAGAUUUUUUUAAUCAGGGUUCUAAUUCCGUUACAUAAAGUUAGAUGUUUAAGCUUGUACCAUCCGCAAUUGGCUUAUUGUAUUGUGCAGUUUUUGGAAAAGGAACCGUUGUUAACAGAAGAAGUCGUUAUGGGCCUAUUAAGGUUUUGGCCCAAGACAAAUUCAUCCAAGGAAAUUAUGUUUUUGAAUGAGGUUGAAGACAUAUUUGAAGUUAUUGAACCAUUAGAGUUUAUUAAAAUUGAAGUUCCAUUGAGUGUGCAACUAUCAAAAUGCAUUGCAUCUCCUCAUUUUCAAGUUGCUGAAAAAGUAUUAAGCUACUGGAACAAUGAAUAUUUUUUAAAUUUAUGCAUUGAGAAUGCGGAUGUCAUUCUACCUAUAUUAUUUCCAAAUUUAUAUGAAUUAUCAUGUCAAUUACAAGUUGAUUCUGCGUCAUCCCGAACAAUGGACAGUUCAGGAGGUGAAAUAAUGGAUGCAGGUGCUUGCAAGAAAAGUAACCUUGAUUGUGAUUCUGAUUCAAACUCUGAUUACGAUUUUGAAGAAAAAUUAAAGAAUAUGGAAGACAUUAAUCAAUUAUUACUGCAAGAUCAAGACCCAUAUUUGUUGGUUGAACAAGCUAUAAAUUCAGGUUCAUGGAACCGUGCAAUUCAUGCGAUGGCAUUUAAGGCAUUAAAAAUAUUCUUGGAAACAAACUAUCCUUUAUAUGAACAAUGUCAAAAAUUAUAUUUAGAGCAUUGCAAAGAAAAUAAGAUGAAUAGAAAACUACAGAAGAGGCAAAAGUUGGAAAAUUGGGAUCGUUUGGAGGAAGUUGUCAAAGAAAAAUUAAAAAUAAAAGAUGGAAAUACGCCAUGA